AUGGCUUUGCGAGCGUCAUCUCUGGAGGAGGAUAUCACCUGCUCCGUGUGCUACGAAGUAUUCCGCGAUCCUGUGGUUUUGGAAUGUAGCCACAGCUUCUGUCGAAGUUGUCUAGAUCGGACAUGGGACGGCGUUGCCGUCAAGCUAUGUCCGGUCUGUCGCCAACGCUGUAACAAUGUUAAACCUCCCGCAAACCUGGCCCUUCGGAACAUUGCAGAGGCCUAUGUGCGAGAGCACGAACAGAGACAGGAUGGCGGUGAAACUCGAUGUAGCCUCCAUGGAGAAAGGCUGCUUCUUUACUGCACGGUAGACAAGGAACCACUAUGUUUAGUAUGUCAGGUUUCCAGGAGGCAUAGAGAUCAUCGGUUGUGUCCUGUGGAAGAAGCAGCCCAGGAACUCAAGAGCCAGGCCGGUGAUGCGGAAAGGCAGAUCCGGAGAGAAUUUGAGGAGCUCCGUCAUUUCUUGCGCCUGGAGGAGAGUGCCCGGAUUGCCGACCUGAGGGAUGAAGCUGACCUGAAGAGUGUGAUCAUGAGGGAAAAGUUGGAUCAUUUGAGCAGAAAGAUUGAGUCUCUCGCUCUCACCAUCAGUCAGAUAGAGCAGGACGUACGGGCAGGAGACGUCACUUUUCUCCAAGCUUACAAAGGUCACCUUGACAGAAUCAAGACCCCUGUGCAGGAUCCUGUCUUAGUGUCAGAUAGCCUUAUAGACAUGGCCAAACAUUUGGGGAACCUCAAGUUCAAAGUGUGGAAAAAGAUGAAAGAGAGAGUUCAAUACAACCCAGUAAUACUGGACCCAAACACUGCGGCGCCAUGGCUGUCUCUGUCUGGAGACCUGAGCAGUGUAAGCUACGGUACACAGCAGCUGCACAUUCCCGACAACCCCGAACGCUGUGACGUGUGCGUGUGCGUGCUGGGAUCGGAGCCACUUGGCAAAGGGAGACACAGCUGGGAAGUGGACGUAGGGAAGAAGACCAAAUGGGACUUGGGGGUCGCAAAGGAAUCAGCAGGUCGUAAAGGCAUCCUUAAUGUGAACUCCAACAGUGGCUUUUGGGCCAUAGCCCUCAGAGAGGGCAGCCAAUACAGCGCCUGCACGCAACCCUGGACCCGCCUCCAGCUGAAGAAGAAGAAGAAGCCCCGCAAAAUCCGGGUCUGCCUCAACUACGACUUCGGGGAGGUGUCCUUCUAUGACUCUGCCGACAUGACGCUAAUUUAUACCUUCAAAGAGUCGUUCACCGAAAAGCUUAUCCCUUUCUUCUCUCCUUGCAUCCAGACAAACUUCUCAGCUGCGACGUCUGCAGAGGUAACGCUCAAGAACCUCUGA